CGGAAAUGACGGUGGGUGCAACUGGUGGAGAGAGAGAGAAAGAGACAGAGAAAGGAAGAAAGAACCGUCUUUUUUUUUUUUGCAAAAGAGAGUUCAACAACUUGAAGUACAAGUUGAUUCACACUGUGGGGUGAAACUAACGUUAGUGCGUGAUACCCAGAGAAGAAAAAACAACUGGGCUUAUUUCCUUUUUUUCUCAAACCUCUGGUUUUGGAUGCAAAAUUUGGUCUUUAUUUUGAUCUCUUUUUGAACCGUAGCUGCAUCUUUUGAACUGAGAGAGCAAUGGCGAAAUUCCCUUAGCUUUAGUAUGCAUUUUGGCAGAAGAGUACAAAUUUCUUGAGAGUUUCCAAGAUUGCAAAUGCUUCAUCAAAUUUCUAUAUGGUGACUAAAACUGCCAGCUACUAAAAGUGUAGAACUUCUUUUUGACUCAGAUUUUUAAUGAAUUCAUAUUUUAAAAAGAAAAUGAUGGUGUGAUGAAACAAUCAAGAUUUGAAAGGCCAAUUCUUUGCAAUAACAUGGAACCUAGAAAUGAAGAAUACCACCCUGGGUCACAGCCAGUAAUGCAGGACCAUCUGGAUGGCAUGCAUACCGGUAGAAGACAACCUGACCUUAAUUCAUCAGAUGUUAAACCUGUACUUAAUUACUCCAUACAGACUGGUGAGGAAUUUGCUCUUGAAUUUAUGAGAGAUAGGGUGAAUCUCAGGAAGCCAGUUUUAUCAAAUGUCAGCGAUUCCAAUUAUACUACAGGUUAUAUGGAACUGAAAGGCAUUUUAGGCAUCAGUCAUGCAGGAUCUGAAAGUGGAUCAGAUAUUUCUAUGCUCUCAAUGGCUGAGAAAUAUCCAAAAGAGAUUGAUAGAAUGAAUACAUCAUUACAUGGAGACAGAAGCAACUAUGGGUCAAUUCGAUCAAUGCCAAGAACUUCAUUGCAUCAGGACAAUAGACAAUUUGUGCAUGGGUAUGGCUCUUUAGGAGGUUAUGAUAGAUCAAUGAUGAUGAAGUUUCUUUGCAGCUUUGGGGGUAGAAUAUUGCCACGACCUUGUGAUGGAAAGCUAAGGUAUGUUGGAGGUCAAACCCGUAUUCUUCGAAUAAGAAAGAACAUAUCUUGGCUGGAGCUCAUGCAGAAAGCAUUACUAAUUUAUAAUCAGGUUCAUUCAAUCAAGUAUCAGCUUCCUGGGGAAGAUCUUGAUGCUUUGGUAUCUGUGUCGUCUGAUGAGGAUUUGCAAAAUAUGAUGGAGGAAUGUAAGCAUCUAGAAGAUAGAGAAAGAUCACAAAAGCUUCGCAUGUUUUUAUUCUCAAUGAGUGAUUUAGAGGAUGCUCAGUUUGGUCUCAGCAGCAUGGGCGAUGAUUCGGAGAUCCAGUAUGUUGUUGCUGUUAAUGGCAUGGACUUGGAAUCAAGAAAAAACUCAACCAUGAUUGGUGUCAGCUUUUCAGCAAACAAUAUAAAUGAAUUGGACAGGCAAAACAUUGACAGCGUAGCUAGCAGAGUUGCUGUUGAAUCUAUUGCACAAGUCAGUGCUCCCCUGACUAACAAUUUUGACUCAUCAUUUGCUGCUCAGUCUUCUCCACUAGUGGUACCGGUUUCCUUGAAUGCUUAUGAAACAUAUCCACUGUUUUAUGGCGAUCAAAUGAUGCGCCAUGGGGAACCCAGUGAUCAAUAUCUUAUUAAUCAUGGCCACCAUCCUUCUCACAAACCUGUUAUUGGAGAGACUCCUAUCACUAUGCCUCCUCAUAUACUAAUUAAUCAACAAGGGGUUUUCAAUGAAGGCCUUCCACCUCGUGGACUACAAGUACAAAAUUCAGAAUUUCCAGCAACAUUGGCAAACAAGAUGGUUGAUGGUUCAAUUCACCACGGAAGUGACCCUGGGAAAGCUUUAUCCUUGGAAACACCAUCUCCAGCUCCCACACAACUUUUUAACAGUUACAUGAAAAAUAAUUUUACUGAAGCAUCAGUUAUAGUUACUGCACCAGAGGGGCAUUCAUUCCCUCCAACAAAAAUGGACCCUCUCCAGAAUUAUGAAGAGACUUCUUCUACAUCUAGCAAUGCUUUCGGUCCUGCUUAUGUUGAAUCCCACUCCAAUGCAGUUGAUUUGAGUUGUCUUCACCCUCCUCCCCUUCCUAAAAGAGUUUACUGUUCAGAGAGAAUUCCAAGGGAGCAAGUAGAGUUGCUGAAUCGGUCCUCAAAGUCAGAUGAUGCACACGGUUCUCAGUUUCAUGUUUCGGAUUUACUUUCUAAUGUCAACCAACCAGAUUCAGUUGCAGAAUCUGGUGACAAGUUGCAUGAUGGUCAUCCGUCUAAUCUAACUGAGGAAUUAAAUAGUGCAGCAAAGCCCUUGCAUGCAGAUGGCUAUGUCGUUGAUAAUGGGGCUGUGAAACAUCAAAUAUACAAACAGUUGCCUGAUUCAAGCAGUCAGAUGAAACCAAAGCUAGCUGAGCAUGUGAAUCCUGAGUUGAAACAGGUAUUAUCUGACAAUGAAGGAAGUAAAGAUGUGUUAAAUAAGGAUAAUAUUGUUAGGAUGGAAACAGAAAUUAAUCAUAAAGAUAACUAUAACAAAGCCCUGAUUGAUGAGACAAAAGACAGUAAAUCAGACUUUCCUACUUCGCACCAGGUUUCAUCUAUUAAGCACCACGAUGAUCCGGCAUCCAAUCUUCCAGAGAUUGAUUGGGGUGAUGCCUCUGUGAAGGAGUCUAAUGACGAUUUUAAUGUGCAAGCACUACCUGUUUCUUCAAAUGGGAAUACAACUACAAAAGAUGAUUCUGAAGAAUUUCCUUCAAAUGUUGUUUCUGAAAAAGUACAUGGUGACAUUCUGAUUGAUAUUAAUGAUCGAUUCCCCCGUGAAUUUUUCACUGAUAUGUUCUCCAAAGCAAUACUUGAAGAAGAUCCCUCUACUCUACAUCCUUUAACCUCAGAUGUAGUGGGCUUAAGUAUAAACAUGGAAAAUCAUGAACCUAAACAUUGGUCGUAUUUUCACAAAUUGGCUCAAGAUGGGAUUGAUAAUAUGUCACUUAUUGACCAGGAUCAUGUUGGUUAUUCACCUGCAAUAGGAAAGGUGGUUGGAGAUAAUAGGGCUCAACAUGUUACACCUUUAACAACUGAUGAAGCUUCUCUGAACCAUGCAGAGUCCCACCUAAAUUUUGUUGAAGAAAAUGAAAGAGACUUACUUAAAAGGAUUGAAACAGACACCACUGUUCCGAAGUCAAAUUAUGAUCAUUCCCAAGUGAAUGACACUGAAAGUAUGCAAUUUGAUGCUAUGAUGGAAAACCUAAGAGCACAAGAGUCAGAAUAUGAGGUUGGGAAGAUUGAAAAGAGAAAUAGCAAUCUACCUCCUCUUGAUCCUUCUAUAGGAGAUUUUGAUGCAAGCACCUUGCAGGUCAUAAUGAAUGAAGAUCUUGAAGAGCUGAAGGAACUGGGUUCUGGUACUUUUGGUACUGUAUAUCAUGGAAAAUGGCGAGGGACAGAUGUUGCCAUUAAAAGAAUAAAGAAAAUUUGUUUCACUGGUCGAUCAUCUGAGCAAGAGAGACUGACUAUAGAAUUCUGGCGGGAAGCUGAAAUUCUUUCCAAGCUUCAUCAUCCAAAUGUGGUGGCCUUUUAUGGCGUUGUGGAGGAUGGUCCAGGAGGAACGAUGGCCACUGUUACAGAGUACAUGGUGGAUGGCUCUCUUAGGCAAGUAUUACUUCGCAAAGACAGGUAUCUUGAUCGUCGCAAGAGACUGAUAAUUGCAAUGGAUGCAGCUUUUGGAAUGGAAUAUUUGCACUCAAAAAAUAUAGUACAUUUUGACUUAAAAUGUGACAAUUUGCUUGUGAACUUGAAAGAUCCUAUACGACCAAUAUGCAAGGUUGGUGAUUUUGGCUUGUCAAAAAUUAAACGAAAUACCUUGGUUUCUGGUGGUGUGCGUGGGACUCUUCCUUGGAUGGCACCAGAGCUUCUGAAUGGUAGCAGCAACAAGGUCUCAGAAAAGGUUGAUGUGUUCUCCUUUGGCAUAGUAUUAUGGGAAAUUCUAACUGGUGAGGAACCAUAUGCCAAUAUGCACUAUGGUGCGAUCAUAGGUGGGAUUGUGAAUAACACAUUAAGGCCAACAAUCCCAAACUACUGUGAUCUUGAAUGGAGAACACUGAUGGAGCAAUGUUGGGCACCCAAUCCUGCAGCUAGGCCAUCCUUCACGGAAAUAGCGAGUCGAUUGCGUGUAAUGUCUGCAGCAGCAGUUAGCCAAACCAAAACACAGGGCAACAAGGCAUCUAAAUGAUUGAUAUUGAUGUUGGUUUUACCCUCCUCAUAUAUACCAACAUUGAGAUGGAUACUUUUUUCUUGAUAAAAAUUGAUACUGUUAAUUUAAUUCAUUGAAUAGUACUCCAAAGAUGUAUUUUAUCACCAGGGGCAAAUGGUAUCUGGUAAACUAUUAUUUUUUUAUCGUUAAAUGCUUGCCUGAUUGAAUUUUUGUUGUACAGAAGUUCAAAAUUUGUCAUUUCAGUUUCUGUUUGACUCCCUAGAAUAUUUUGAUUUCUUUAUUUUCUCAAUCUUCCUCCCUAUCUUGGAUUUAGUAGCAAUGGAUCGUUUACUACUGCCACAUAUAAAUAGUUCGUACCCCACUAUCAUUUGUUUCUUGAACAACGAGGAGCUAGGUUCAGAACUUGAACUUUCUUGUUUUUUCCCUUUGUUUUUACCUUCGUUAUCUUGUAGCCAUGGCUCAAUUUUCAUGUGUCAAUAGCCAAUUCACAUCUUGGAGUUCAAUAAUACACAGCUGACUCAAAUUGGACAAUGAUGUUAGCAUCAUUUGGUUGUAUGUAUAUAUAUUGCUAGAGUAUUAAUUCAUUUGUUAGAAUUUUUUGGUUUGAUAUUUAUGAUCUAUUUUAAUCUAAUCAAAACGUGGCAAAUUCUAGUGAUCCUAAACGAAAGAUACAUGUAAUAUUAGGGGUUUGAAUUUCAAAGUUACCACUCUAGAGAGUUUUUAUCAAACUACUAUCUUGGAUUCAAAGUUAAUCUUAUACUUUUGUCUAAGAAAAAUUUCAAAGACCCGCAAGGAAAAUUAUCCAUCAUUAUAAGAAAGAAUUCAAUAUUUUAAUAAAUUUUGUUUUGAAAACAGAAACUCAACAAACUAAAUAAAUAAAAUAAAGCAUAUAAUAUUCAGAAUGACAAGA